CCAAAUUACUAAAACCACACUAAGCUCCCAUUUUCAUUUUCAUCCUCAUUCAUAAUCUUACUAAAAAAAAUACCUUAGAAAAGAACACCAAUAUGGGAGCAAUAUCAUUGACUGAAUUAGGCUCUAAGCUUGCUGGAUUGAUGUUCAUUUGGGGCACAAUCCAGCAAUUCUUCCCCUAUACACUCCGCAAACGCAUCAAAUACUUUUGGCAGAAAUUGGAAAAUUACUUCUACCCUUAUGUUCAAAUUACUAUUGAUGAAUUCACCAAUGGUAAAAGCAACGAUAUAUACACCCAGGUCAACUCUUAUUUGGGUACUAAGUCAAUCAACAAAGAUGCUAAAUAUCUCAAAGCUGAAAAGUCCAAGAAUAGUAAGUCUGUUGCUGUUAGCUUAGACGAAGGAGAAGAGAUUACUGAUCAAUUCCUAGGAGCUAAACUCUCUUGGCGCUCUCAUAUCGAAACAUUCAAUGAAAAUUCUUCAGGACGUAAAAAUUCACGUCCAAUUGAAAAGAAAAGUUACACUAUAACUUUCAAUCAACGAUAUAAAGAAAUGGUCAUUGGAAAAUACUUGAAGCAUGUGAUGGAAGAAGGUAAGGUUAUUGAGUUUAAAAACAGGAAACAAAAGAUUUACUCCAACAAUUGUAGUGAGGAUUGGUAUUGGUAUGAAAAAGGUAUGUGGAGGGACAUUAACUUUGAGCAUCCUGCAACUUUUGAUACUUUGGCUAUGGACCCUAAGAAGAAGAAGGAAAUAGUCAUCGAUCUCAUUGCUUUUAGCAAAGGAAAGGACUAUUAUUCUAAGGUUGGUAAAGCUUGGAAGCGCGGCUAUCUUCUUUAUGGUCCGCCAGGGACAGGAAAAUCAACUAUGAUUGCAGCUAUUGCGAACUUCUUGAAUUAUGAUAUUUAUGAUCUUGAGCUCACUUCUGUUAAGGACAACUCAGGGCUUAAGAAGUUGCUUAUGGAAACAACAAGCAAGUCUAUUAUUGUAAUUGAAGAUAUUGAUUGCUCUAUUGAUCUCACAGGCAAGAGAAAGAAGAAGAAAAAGAAGAGCGAGGAAACAGUAAACGAAGAUCAGGAAGAUGACUCAGACUCGUCUAAAGAAAAAGCAAGUGAAAAUAAGGAAACUGGCAAACUUACACUUUCAGGACUGUUGAAUUUCAUUGAUGGAAUAUGGUCAGCUUGUGGUCAAGAGAGGAUAAUCAUAUUUACAACCAAUCAUAAGGAUAAACUUGAUCCAGCUCUCAUACGUAGAGGACGGAUGGAUAUGCACAUUGAGAUGUCAUAUUGCAAAUAUGAAGCAUUUAAAGUGUUGGCUAAGAAUUAUUUGGAUAUUGAAACACACCCUCUGUUUCAACAGAUUCAAGGUUUAUUCGAGGAAGUAAACAUUAGUCCUUGUGAUGUGGCUGAGAAUUUAAUGCUGAAAAAUGUUUCUGAAGGGCCUGAGAUUUGCUUGAAUAACUUAAUUCAAGCUCUGGAAAAGGCCAAGGAAAAGGCCAGUAAAGAUAAAGAAGCUAAGGAAAAAGCCAGCUUGAAUUCCAAGAACAUCAAAAAGUUUUCCACAAAAUUGGUUGGUCGUCUAAAAACGUUGUGGAAAUGAUGUUUCCAUAUGUUUUCAACUUCACUUACCUGAUCUUUCCUUCUCUUUUUGGCGGCCAGGGGAUUGGGGCUUCUCCAUGUAUAGUCUUAUUACUCUUAUCUUAUUAUAAUCAGAAGUAGAAUAAAGUUUGGUGUCUGUUCUUUGAUUAAA